ACUAUGACGUUACUACAGUUGUGAUGCCGCCACCAUUCAUACAACUUCAUCAAAAACGAAUUUACUUUAGCAACAAUUUAAAAUACGAGCCCGCCAAUAUGUAAUUUUCAACAUUGAACCGAAUUAAGCCGGUUUUUGAUGUGUACGUGUUUGUUCAAAAUAUACUUUCCCAAUUGUAAUUUCAGUGUCAGUUUUACAAAAACAAACUUUUGGAUUUUAUUUCUUUUCAGAUUAAGAGGAAAAAAAUCAUGGCGAGAAAACUACACCGUCUUUACGAAUAUCAAUUUUUUAAGUGUUGAGUUUUUUAAAACUUUUUCAAACUGUGGUUAAGUGUGAUUAAUUGAACGAAUAUUUUUAGUGACUUGAGAUUUUAUACACAAAUUAUUUUUUUUAAAUGAGUGCGGGCACCGAAACAACCUCUGAAAAUUGUGUGUAAUGAAUAAUUUGAUGCGAUGGGUAAUAUUGUUGAGAGCAAUGUGACAAACUUGCCGCCUGUGAAAAAUGGCGGAUUGUUCUUUUUCGAGAUGUAUUCAACAAAGAAGGAACAUUAGAAGAGAGUUGCAAAGAUGGACAAAAAACAUGGUUCAUAUAGUCGGGUUGGAACGGAUCGCUGAAGAGUUGAUGGGCCGUAGGAAAUGGAAUCUGUAUCAAGAAUCCAUGUCGAGAAGUUAUCUGCAACCAUUGAACAACAAUAUAAAAAGAACAAACUCCCAAGUCGACAUAGAAGACGAGUACCAAAAAGAAUCAGCCAAGUCCAUACGUCUACAAGCCCAAACCGUCGAAGUAGAGUUGGACAAAGGCGCACAAGUGAACGGAAUAGAAACGGGUGGAGAAAAAGGAAAAGGGGAACAGCAAAAAAUAAAGGGGGAAUACCAAAAGGAAAACGAGAAGGAUAUAGAGAAACUGAAAGACUGGACGCCGCAAACCAAGUGUCAUUUUUGUGUGGACGGCAAGCUGGAUAGUGAACAUACUACCCACGGGGUUUUGAGUCCCCGCCUUUCGGACUCGGAAACUUCCGACAGUCAUAGCGACGGCGAAGUACCGACAUCUUUAUUACCUACCUCUAGGGGGUUGCUCAACAAUAAUCACCAUCACAGACCCAGCAUUCAGCACUCACUGCCACCACAAACGGCAAUGACAACGAUCGAAAACAUGUCUAUGGCCGCGCUAGCAGUAGCGGCUUUAUCUGGGGGCCCCAGUCCCGUAGGAACCCCUACCCCCAAUUUACCCUUCUACAACCCCACUCUCCUUAAUCCCAAUUGGUACCUGGCGAACGUUGCGAGAUCGUUCCAUACUGCGGCGACGUUGAACGACGCCGAGAAAAGUAAUGGAGGAUCAAACAAUGUGGGUGGAGAACAACCAUUGGACCUAAGUAAAGGUUCCGUUAAUAAUAAUAGCAGCGUUACAACACACGAGCAGAAAGUGGGGACUGCGAACCAUGUUAGAUUGCCUACCUUAGAUUCCAGGCAUAUAUUCAAUUCUGAUUUCAGAGCGAAACCUAGAAUGUCCGCCGUUGCAGGCCGACGAACUUACACAGAGGACGAACUUCAAGCGGCCCUCAGAGACAUACAAUCGGGAAAAUUGGGUACUAGACGAGCAGCCGUAAUUUAUGGGAUUCCCAGAUCGACGUUACGCAACAAAGUGUAUAAGUUAGCUCUGGAAAAAGAGAGGGAAUCGCAUCUAAAUAGUACAACGCCGAUAGAAGAAGAAGCUAUGGAAGAUGAAAAAGAUUUAUCCGGAACGGAGGAAGAAAAAGAAGUAGAAAAGGCUUUAGAAGCUCCUCUACUAUCUAUGGAAGAUCUGUUUAGAUUUAGUGCUGGUAGAGAGAUUCCCGACACAUUGAAAACACUUCUUCAAAAGGGUGGUUUAGAUCAAACCGAAAUGCCCUACCUUCAAAACUUUCUCCUCGCCUCCCAAUCGAUGCUCCCCCAUAAAACCCCUGACGGCUCAAUUGUCUCAAAUAUGAUACCCGAGUUAAUGAAACGAAUGAUCACCGAAGAUCAGUUGUUGAAGAUGCAAAAUAACGGAGCCAGCGAAAAGCUUAUUUCGAGGCCGAGCCCGAGUAACUCGGUGAUAACGAAAUGUGAGAGAACUAAAUCGGAAUCCGAUAUGGAAACUGAAGAUUCUCCAUCAAAUGUGAUACUUAAAAUUCCGUCCUACAAACCGACGACAUCAAAUAAAAAUGGAAGCGAUCCCGUUAGAAAUCAAGUCGAACCUACAGCUGGAAGCAUAAUCUCUCCCCCCGUAACCAGCGAGUCCGGAUCUCCACCAAUACUACCUUCAAAAGGUCACAUAAUAAAAGACGUUAAAGAUGUUAUAGCUCAAAGUAUUAGUCAAAAAUUCCAACAGUCUAUGGAACCGAGAAGGCCAAUGCUAGAUAUUGAAUUCAAACGUGGAGGAUUUACACCCCCAUUAGGAGCUGGAAUUUCCGUUAUAAAAACUCAACAUGAUAUCAACAGACAAUUUCAACACCAACAACAGCAACCACCAAAACCUCAAACAAAUAACGCUCCAACUGGUGGAAAAGGUACAAGACCCAAAAGAGGAAAAUACCGAAAUUACGAUCGAGACAGUUUAGUGGAAGCUGUACGCGCCGUUCAAAGAGGUGAAAUGUCAGUCCAUCGUGCAGGCAGUUACUACGGAGUACCUCAUUCCACCCUCGAAUACAAAGUAAAAGAAAGGCAUUUGAUGCGACCUCGCAAGCGCGAUCCAAAACCAAAUCCAGUUGACGAAAAAAUUGCGAGUCUCAAACAAAACGACAUACGAAAUUCCCAAGAUAAACUCAAGCCUCUAAUGAAACCACCGCAGAAGUUUUCGCCAACCUCGCCUAAUGGAAUGAAGUUGCCAUUAUUUGAAGCUGGUAUGGCACCUUUAGCGGGAUAUAACGCUCCUCCUUUCCCUUUUUGGGCACCCCCGGGAUUUCCUCCUAUUUUAGAUUAUACGAGGGCUCCAACAUCACCAUUUCCCGGUCCGAAUACGGAGUUUUUCGCAUCUCAAAUGAUGCAAAAACUUCAAGAAGACUCUUCAAGGUCAACACCUCAAGCCUCAUCUGCUCCACCACUAUCUAAAAACGCAAGGCAACGAGCGGAAGCUUUAUUAGAUGGUGGUUCAGCGAACGGUUCAUUUCUCGAUGGUAUUAUAAGAUCGAGUUUGGAAUCUGGUGUUCCCGGAAACGAAGAUAAAUCUUUGAAUGAAGAUAAAAACGUCGCUCCGGAAAAUAUGUCGAAUAAAGCGCUAUUGGAUCAAUUGUGUAGAAAUAGUAGACUAACACCAUUAUCCAAACCAACUACUUUAGACGGAACUCAUAGUUCGGAAGACGAAUCGUGUCGAAAAAGUAUGAGCCCCUUAAAUUUCGUCACAGGCGAAACUUCCCGAGAUGAAAACAUUGACGAUGACUCAUCAUCUCGAUUUGACAAAGACAUUUCGGAGGUUCAUACGAUUGAACUUUCGAACGACUCAAAUACGUCUAGCGAAAGAAAAAUAAUUGACGAAGACCGAAAGCAACAACCUAGAAUUUUCUUAAAACAGGACCUAGUGAAACCUGAAAAUUUGAAACCAGAAAUGUUGGUGCGCUUUCGAGAGGUCCUGCCGGAACUAGACCAUAAUGGAAUGGCGGAAAGUGCGCCCAGUAGUGCCUCGGAGACAGACGGGCCACAAGACUGACAUCAACCCGAAACGUUAGUACCUAUCGUAAGUGACAGAAUUUUAUUCUGAAGACGUACUUUCUUAAAAGAAGUAAAAAAUAUAUAGAUAUAUAUAUAUAUAUAGAAAUAUAUAGAUAACAAAAUUUCCAUGUUGGAAAAAAAUACGUGGUUGUAAGUAAAAAAAUGAGCUCGAUAUAUGACGGUGUUUGUUGAUGAUAAUAAUAAAUUAUUGUUUUUAUUCUGUUCAAUUUCUCUUUUUUUGUAGUAGUAGUAGUGGAAUCAACUGUAUAUUUUAUUUCGGUAACGGUCUUCAUUUACACCGAUUUAAAAUUUUAUUUUUGAUUCCAUUAUGAGAUAGGUUUUUUGCUAACCAUCAAAGCAGUCAACUGUAUAUUAGAUGUUUUUAACUAUUCUAAACAAAUGUAAUCAAAUUGAAAUUACACAAAAUACGUGAAAAAGUCAAACGAUUUUUUUUAUAUUUCCAUAUCAAACUAAUUGAAAAAGAGUAAAAUAUUUUACUUAUGUUGAGAAGUUAUAUUUACAAACUCCUUCAUCAAACAAAAACAAUUAUACACUCCAUAUAUGAAGCAAUAAUUUUUAAACACGAUUAUUGAUAUAUUAAUAAAUUGAAACGUGUUUAAUCGCGGAUUUGAAAAAAUUCAUUCUCAUAAAUUAUCACAGUAUCUUCGGAAUCAUAAUUGCAAAUAGGUGAAAAUGUGUUUAGGUAAAUUUUUCAACAAUUUUGAAUUUUUUUCUCAGACUUUGUAUAUUUUUCAUGGUAAUAUUUUGCUUUGGAAUUUUGAUUUUUUUUUGAGGAACUUAUUGACCGAGAGUUUUUUUGACAAUUCAUAUCAUUAAACUAACCUCUGGCCUCUAUUUUCUCCAUGGAAAUUCCUAGCUAUACAGAAAUUUCUCAAUAUUUUCCUCUCUCUAGAUGCUUAUCCCUUUUUUCUCUGUUUUCCAAGCGAAAUUUUUUCAGCAUCUCAUUGGCGAACGAGCUCGCAGCUGUCCAAGCAAUCUCCGAUAGCUCCCUCCUACGUAUUUACUUUUCCUCACUUUUGUAAAGAAAAUUGUAAUCAUAUUCUUCAAGUUUUCUAUUUUCAUAUCUUCUUCUGUUAAAAUUACGGCAAUUAUAUUUUCUCAAUAAUUCUUCAAGCGUUGUUAUUUUCUCUUUUCCUUUUCUUUAGCUUACCAAAUCGUUUUUGCCAGUCUAAAGACCUCUAUUUUGAACUGUUUUCUCUUUAUUAUUUCUUAUUCGAUACUUUCUGCUAACAUCUCCAACUCUGCGUGGGAACUUCAUUUCUACUUCUAUAAUUUUGCUUUUGGAUAUAUUUAUAAGUACUCAGCUUUCUCUAGAAUAUAUAAAACACUCUUUUCAAAUAUAAUAUUAAUUUCAAGUUGUUGCGUCUUCUGGUAAUCCAGCUAUUUUGGGUUCUCAGUGACUUGGGAAGUGAGUAAUCUGUCCGUUAAAUAUACUCUGUAGAAAUUAAUGAUAAUAUCUGGGAUGAACAUGAGCUAAGGCUCUCAUAAAUUAUGCUUAUCUUACCAAUUAACUACUCCACGCAUACACCUAACCUAAGCACUCAAACAGGCGCAAAAUUUAGUUGCAGACUGGUUUCUUUAACCAGACAUUGUCAUCUAAGAUGCCAUCUCUUUGCUAUAUUGUAAAUGAAUUUGUUUAUAAUACGCGUUUUUUUUUUGAAAAUGAUCAGAAUAUUGAAAAAUUUCAAUAAAGUGCCCAAAAAAACAAUGCUCUGUGCUGAAAAAAUACAAACCUAUAAAUAUAGAGGGUGGAAAAAGAAAACUAUAGAAUUUUCUCAGUUCUACUUCUCCAAAUGAAUUCUUCUUCUCCUUUUAUCCCCUGGUAUCCCCUUGAUUACUUUCCUUACCUAUAUAUUUAACUUCACUUCUUCUGCUUUGUUAAGAAUCCACGUUUCGUCUUCGUAGCUCACUGAAGGUCUUAUUAUUACUUUGUACAGAUGUGGCUUUGCCUUUUUAAGAUUUUUCAAGAACUGGUUUUGGAGUCUUACGUGUAGUUCCACCAUAUUUAAUCAAUUCUGAUUGUAUUUCGUCAUCUCCUGAGGAUUUACCAUUCGUUUACUUCUGUAUUAAUUCCGGUAUUGUCCUCCAUCGUUUUCUGCAUUCAAUAUUUCUUUGUAGUGAUCUUUUCAUCUUCGGAUCAUUUCAGUUCCAUCCAUUAAUAUUUCCUUAUUCUUUUUUUUUUUUCUAUACAUGGUCAUCUGAUCAGAUCGUUCUUCUUUGUAUAUAAUUUCUUUGUAGAAAUAUACAGGGUGUCCCACGACGAGUUAAAACUAUCUGUAUAUGGCAAAAUAAAUCAUGAAAAUAUCUACGUUUGGGUUUUUGGAUACGAUAUUUUUAACUAAAAUAUAUUCAAAGAUGGCCGACUUCCGGUUCUAUCUAUUCUAUCUACUGGGAGAAUUUCUUUAAUACGGAGAGACCAGUCCUGCAGGAGAAGACAGUGAAGACACCCUGACGAGCACGGAAUUACUCUUCGAAGAAAUGCUCGAGAGUGGUGAUGAAAUCGACUAGAUUGCAAUUGAUUUCUUAUAUUCGAUUUUUUAUAUUUUCUCUAUUUUUGAUAAAUGUUUAAGUAAAGUUCUUACAAGAAUAGCGUUUUUAAGGAUCAUCCCUGUCCCACACUUAAGUUUAAAGUACUUACAACAAUCAAAAAUUUAAAAGAGGAUUUCUUUCGAGUCUUUUUUGAGUUAUCCGCAAAAAUUACACUGUUGAAAAAUCCAGUAACACGAAAUUCGCUUUUUGUAAGAGUAAUUUUAGGAAAAAAUCACAAAAAACCUUUUUUCUUGAAAAUUUUUUGAUCCCCUUACUUUUUUCGAAAUUCGGCAUAGAUUCCGAGUUAUUUGCAAAAUUCGAAAUUUUGAAAAUUUAAACAAAAAUAUAUGGCUUAGCGGCCAAAAUUUUGAUGUUAACUUUUACUGUAUCGAUAGAGCGCAAACUAAUUUUCAUGGGUUUUGGUUGCAAUUGGACUGGACGACUAACCCUCAUUCAUAUCCAAAAGUUUCGUUUGACUUGUGCGAGAAAUACUUUAGCGAUCGAGAGUUGACUUAAACGCAAAAUAAUUAUUCAAAAAGAGUACGUCGUCUAGACUUGUUUCAGCAUAUUUUUCAGUUGAUUACAUUUUCUAUCGGUUUGAAAAUUAUUUUCGUUAUUACUAUUAUAAAGAUCGUUUGAUUGGCUCCAUGUGAGCAAUUUAUAAACAUGAUUAUAGAGAAUAUUUGUGAUUAAAGUGCCUUCUGUUGCCUUUUUUGGUUUUUUUUUCUUGAAAAAAGUGUAUAACAACUAUAAAAAUUGAUAUAGAUUCUAGACCAUCUAGUAGAUUUCGUAUAAUGCAACAUGAUUUCUUUUUAUUUUAUAUUUCUUUAUGUACGCAAAAGUUUUACCUUGAAAAAUAAAAGUUUGACUUUCUUACGUUGAUAAAUGUUUAUUGUUCGGUGUUUUUGGCAUGCCCCAACAUAUAAAUGUCUCUUCUAUGUGUCCUCGACGUGAAAUAUACCUCAUCCUGUAUAGAAUAUACCUAAAGACUAGUACAUAACCAUUUUGUUAAUGGAAACUUGAAAAAAUUGAUAAUUUAUUCAUUUAAUUUUAAAAUGCUGUUAAAAAAAUGAUUGUCGCAAUAUAUUUUAUCAAUUAGAUGUUACAGUGAAAGUUGUCAAACUUAUGAAUAUUACACAAACGGAAAAAUAUAAAAAACUUUCAUUACCUAAAACAAAGUUUGGAAAAUCUUUUUUCUAAUUUCGUCCGUUAGUGAGAUAUUUAGUUGUUUCCAUACUUCUAACUAGCCUUGUGAAUGAUGGUUAUGUACUAUGAAUCUUAAAACUGCUUUGAUGAUAAGAUUUAUCAUAUAUAUAUCGAAAAACCCUCGGGAUACUCCCAAAAAUUGAAAAAAAUUAUAUCUAUCUGUGAUUUAAUCAAAAUUUUUGAUGUAUAUUUUCUCUAAAAAUAUCUUAAAUAUUAUUAUAUAAAAUUAAACAAUUAGAAGUAGUUGAUUGAUGAAAAUACUUUGAACUUUUCAUAUUUAACGGACUCUACACACAAAAAAAAAUAAAAUAUUAAUUUUUAAAAAUGGAAGUUGAUUGUUUUCUAUAUUCUAAUACUUGAGUUAACUUCCAGAUUUCUUUAACCAAAAAUUUAGUCUAAAUAAAAUUAACAAUUAUCGUAAUUUUUAAAUUUGAACAUAGAUUUUAUUAAAAAUUAUUUUUAUAUUUUUGUGUGAAGACUUCGUUCUAUCAAAAAAAAAUAAUGGAAAAUUGAUUGUAAAAAAUUCCGUGAUACCAUCGAUUUUCCAAGUGAUAUUUUUGUUGAUUUUUUUGUCAUAUAAACAAUGAAGUGCAAUUAGAUGGUAUAUACAUACAUAUAUAUUUACAUCAAUAUUACUUAGUAUAUAAGAUAUAUUGAAUAUAUUAUAUAUUUGAAAAAAAGGAAGCUAUUUUGUUUUUUGAGAGAAAAAAGAUUGACUCCAGGUAGAGUUUUAAAAAAAUGCUUCAUUUUCCCCUUUCCUCCAUUUCAACAACCGUCAGAUUACGACCAACCAUUACCAAACCGACUCCGACAGUUAUAAGCGUUAUUUCAAAAAAAUAUCAUUCUAUACCAUUCGUAUUAACAUCUACAUAUAUAAAUAUAACAUUUUCCAUCUUCAAUAAGUAUCAGUUAAAACAAAUAUUUAUGGUAUGAUAACAUGGAAUUGAAAAAACAACGAUUAUACAACAAUGGAAAAACAUUGAAUUGAAUUCAUCUUUAAAUUUCUCUUCAAAUUGCCCUACUGAUGAUACGACUGCAUGUUACCAUGUGGCAACCACGCGCCAUAUUGUUUGAACUGAAAUCCUUUAAACAAUUGCAAGGGAUUGUUAUUUUUCAAGCGGACAAUCUUUUUUAUAUCCUUUAUUGAAAUACAAUAGUUUUUUUCUAUAAUAAUAUUUAGUUUCUGGUUCAUUAAAUGAAUAUUUUCAAAUUCUCUUACGAUUUAUUAUGUUAAAAACAGUUUUUUCUUCUUCUUUUUACGCCGUUUUCUUAUUGAAGGUUGGCGACCACGUUUUUAAAUGCAUCUCCUCGCAACAAUUAACGCUUGUCCAAUUAUGUUCUGUAGCAGUAGGUAUUUGUCGUUUCUUAUCUUAAUUGUCUUUUGCGACUAAUGCGUCUUAAUACUUCGUCGUUGAUGACUCUAUCAGUCCUUGGUGUCUCCAGGAUGCGUCUAUAGAGCCAUAUAUCAAGUUUUUUGAUCAUUUGUGCUUUCAAGGUCCAAGUUAUCAGCAGUACUGAUCACACAUAACAUUCCAUGAAUCCUAUUCUGACGUGGAGGUUUAGAUUUCUGUUUAACAAUUGUCAACAGUUUUCUUUAGCAACCAAUGCGUCUUAGUACUUGUUGUUGAUUUUGUUAGUUCAGAAGAAGAAGAAAAUUGAAAUUAGAACUUGUUCUCGAAAUUUUUAUUAAUUUUGACAAUAAUAUUAUAAGUUUUUGAUCGAGACUACCAGUUGACCUCGAAUAAUUCUCUGACCGCGCGCUCUACGCCCUGUAUUUCGAAAACAGUUCAAAGUAUAAAAAAAUAGUGAUCAUAAAAGUUGUAGAGAACUAAAUUCUCUAGCGUAGAACCCAUAGAAAACGAGAUAUUUGCAAAAAAUGUAAAAAGAAUCGAUUUGUGUGACCUUUGACCCAUGACUUCAAAACUUGCGAUAAUCCAAUAAUAUUUGAGUUUCGAGAAUAGUUUUACGAUGUUAAAAUACAAAUGUUUACGUGGUAAUAUACUGGGUGUGUCGAUUUACCGAGACAUUCACCUAAUUUGACUUAGGAUGUCUGGACUUAACUUAGCUGAGUACUUGAACGAAUACUAGGCUUGAACUGCUCAUAUUAAUGAUGGAAGGUGGAAGAUGAGUAAAAAGGAAUAUAAAAAACAAUAGCAAGACGGAAUAAAAUUAUCAGGACAGGAAGUUAUAUUAAUGUUUGAUCCAUUCCAUGUUUUGUACACAUCAAAAUGAUUUUGAAAAUGUUUUCAGGUUUAUUAAUACAUUCCAUAUAUACCUAAGUAUAAACAAAAAGAGGAAUUUUUUUAGUUUUAGAAACUGUGAUAUUUUUCUAAAUAUUGUUGAAAAUAUCAGAAAAUUCAAUUUUUUUCGUUCUUAUUUCAUGUCAGUCUCCUUUAUAUCAUUUCUAAUGAACGAUAAAAGUAUAAAUUGCAAAAAACGAGUUGAUUUACCAUAAUUUUGAAUGAAAUGAGGCGAAUACUUUAUUGAAAAAUGGUAAAAAAACUGAUAUUUAUUGAAAUAACGCCCGCAAACCCAACCAGAUUUUACAGUAAAACAACACAUAUUUAAGUUGGACCAAAUAAUCCAAUACUAAGGUGUAUAUAAUAUGGUAUGCUUUUAUACAUAUCCUUUGAACGUUAAAACUAACUUUCUCUUAAUUCAAGUAUAUUGUCUAAACAUAGUUGGAGAGAUAGAAAUAAACACAAGCGUUUUAAUCAAAAGAAUAAGUGAGAAAUUUAGUUUGAUGUUCAAAUCGAAACAUUCCAACCAUAUAUGUGCCAGAUUUUUUAUUCACAAAAACUACAGAAUUUGAAUUGGAAGAACUCCAAGGACUUGUGAUUUCGUGAUCUCGGAUAGAAUGUAAUUUAAAUAAUAUGCGAUUUCUUUGAAAUUCUUUAUGGUUAAAAAAACUCAUUUGUAUCUUAACUAUAUAGAAACAGUAAUCGAAUGCCGAUAAAACAUUUCGUUGUGGUCUAAGGUCUCAUGAUCAAUUUGAAUACUCCAAUGUUUUUGAAUUAUUACAGAUUGUCCGUUAUAUAGAAAAAAGGAUUUAAUUUACACAACAUUCGCUUGAAUUACUCAAAACAUAAGGAAUGGGAAUAAAAUUAUGUUUGCAACAAUUUUUUCCCGCUCUGCGCUUCCACUCCGUUUAUUUUUGUUCAUGACUACUUUCUAUUAUUUAUAAAUAUUAUCUACAUGCAUAUAUCUAUUUUUUUCGUGGACACCCUCUUUUCCCUUUCGUCUCUUCUCUCAAUUAUUUUCGUCUAUCCAACGGAAUCUUUUUUUCUCUGACCACAGCUUUGAUCUUUCUUCUUAGUACCUUUCUGUCGCAUAUGUUGAUACAGCACCGUUGGUUGUAUAACUGUCUUGUACACUGAAAUAUAUUCUGAUCUUAAUCUUGUGUCGAUUUCCCUAGUUCCACCUUCUCCAUUUGUCACUCCCAGGUAAUCGAACUCCUGGAGGCUAUCAAAUCUCUAAUCCAUAUUUUUCUUUGACGUUACUUUCAAUUGAGUAAAGUUAUUUUAUGAGUAGUUUAUUUCCUUUUGCUUUCAAUUUCUGUUCAUUUUUCUUAAUCCUCUGUCGCUCUACUUAUAAGUCAUCUACGAAGACAAGAUUUUGUGUUUUGUUAUUGUAAAAUAUCCCCUGGGUUCGGAUGCCAUUACUUUUCAGGAUUAUUUUUAGUAGAAGGUUAAGCUUCACUAUUGAUAAUUGUUGGUUUUUGGACAUUCUGUAACUAUAUUUCUUUUCUUCCCCAUAUAAUCUGUACUUGUCAAUUUCGGCUAGUUUCAUCACCUACUUCCUUAGACAGCAAGCCUUGAGAAGCAACAUAUUUAUUAGAUUUUAUAACAAUGGUAAAAUCAUAAGAGCGUCUUCCAGAUUCUUCCUUCCCUUGAAACUCUUUCUAGUAGAUGUACUUUUCAAUGCUUCCGGUUCAGUAAAAGGUUUCCAAGCAUCUAUCUAUAUUAGACUCAUUUUUCCGUUGAUUUAGAGCACAGUGAAAAAAAAUUUAAAAAUCACCUAAUCAGUACGAGUUCAUUUUAUCAUUUCUGUGAAGGUAUGUGGUCUGGAGGUGUAAAACCUUUGUGGUACUUUUUAUUUCUGAUGUUAUCAUACCAAUAAAAAAGUUCAUUGAGUAUCUUAGAAAUUGGUAGCAACCUAUGCAGUUAUUUUGACUAAAAUUAUGAAUUUAUAGUGCAAAAUAAUCUACUUUGUGCUAACUAACGUAACAAGUGAAAUUUUUCCUUGCUCUAAACCCUUUUUUGUUUCAAACAACAGACAACUACUUAGAUCUCGUUGUUAUUCAAUGUCAUUUUUACCAAAUGUAGCAUUUUCUUAGAUAUUCCGAGAGCUGUUAGCGCCUGGAUUAAAUGCUUUCUACUUAUUGCAUCAAACACUUGCUUGAAAUCCACAAAGAAGAAUCUCUUGCUUAAUAUUUAUUCUGGAAUAUAUUGUGAAAAUUUGAACACUAGCUAACUUUUCCUUUUUGAAACUACCUUGAUUGUCACUCCCAGUAUUUGCCUAAUUCAAUCAAGAAUGGGUCAAAAAUUAUUGAUUUUUCAAAAACAAAAUCCAUAGAGUAAUUUUUAUAUCAACUUCCACGGUCAGUUUCCACAAAAAAAUGAACACAUUCUACUUGUGUUGGUAAUCACUCCAAGACUAAAAGCACGUAUAGGCAAAUGGUAGACUUUUUUUUAAGCUACUUUUUGCCUACUUGUCUACAAAUUACACCGUGGUUUUUAGAAGCUUACUACAAUACUGCGCAUUCACAGUUCGUUGUUCAGUAGUUCCGAAGGGCAAACAGCAUUUUUGAUAGUGAGUUUCCUUGCUCUAAACCUUUUUUUAUUUCAAAAUGUUCCGAUAGACUUAUUUCGACAACUACUUAGAUCCCGUUGUUAAUCAAUGUUAUUUUCAACAAAUGUAGUAUUUUCUCAGAGUGCUGCUAGCGCCUGGAUCAAAUGCUUUCUACUUAUUGCAUCAUACACUUGCUUGAAAUCCACAAAGAAGAGCUUCAUGUUUAAUAUUUGUUUUGGAAUACCUUAUGAAAAUUUGCAACACUAACUAAGUUUUUCUUUUUGAAACUAUCCUGAUUCUCGCUCACUUUUUCAGCCUUAUACCCCUAUAAAUCACGCAAUCUGUCACAUCCCUCUUCCUGUACCUUAUCCUGUUCUUUUUCCAAUGUGAUUUUGAUUAGAUUAUAUUUUCGAUCGUUCAAGGGCUCUCCAUCAUACUUUAUAACCUUUAAUGGGAAUCCUCUUCUCACCGGCAGAUAUUUUUCACAGAAAAUACAAAAUUUCUCAAAAAAAGUUUGGAAUGUAUAUAAACAAUCAUUGACAAUUGAGAGUUAAGUUGUUAGAAAACUCGUUUGAUGUGAGAUUUGUACACACCUUGACUUUAAAGUGAAAAACUUUUUGUGAGGCCCAUAAUUCGUUUUGGUCCGAUUUGUAAUAAAUAACAAACAAUAAAGGACUUUAUAUUAUUUGGUUUCUAUCUAGUAAACAAAUUCGAAUUGUUUAUCCAGGCAUCAUGAGCUACAGUUUUUUCUUAUAAUUUAUAGAAACUGUAAACGCAUUGUAGAUGAAGAAAAAAAAGGUGUCAAAUGACUUUUUUCAAUAUAAUUUGUAUAACAAUUGGAUAAAUUCACUUUAAUGAUAUUAUAAUGUAAUUGAGUCGUAUCAACUAUAAAGAAAUUUUGAACAAUUCGCAUAUAUUCAAGUUUAGAUUGUUGUGGCUCUUCCAAUUCCCAUAAAUACUGAAAACACUGUUUUAAAUGUUUGUGUGUUUCACUUUUUACGCUUGCAUCGCAAUUUCUAUAGAAGCUCAUUGUUCAAAAACAAACCUAACUUAUACAUAACCUCACUUUUGAAAUACCUCUGAUGACUAAACUCUUGCGCCAAAUUUUUUUGUUGUUAAUUUUUAAAAAGGUUAGGAUGGUUUUGAGUUUGAGCGGACAAAAAAACAAAAAGGUAGCGGAAAAUUAAACGAAAAUUGAAUUUAGUAAUGAUUUACUAAAAUUCGAAUCAAGAUUGUUGACCUCUUUCGAAUAGUCCGACAUCUAGUGGCAUAUAACUGUUUCAUAAAACAAUUAGAUUACAUACUGGUAUUUUUUACUAAAAUUUAUAUUUAAUGUGAAUAUGAAAUGAUUUGCUUCACAUAAAUAAGCUUAAAUAUAUUCUACUAGUUGUUGUAACCAAUAAUUAAUUUUCCUCUAUCGAAAAACAAGUUUCGGCUUCAAAAUUGUAAUAUAUAUACGAAAAUUGUGAAAUUUAUGUGGAAAAAAACUGCAAGUGUGCCACCAUUUGUGCAAUUUUUGAAUACCUAGUGUUUGUAAACGUUUACAUUAGUUAUUGUGAUAAUUUGUUAUAGACAUUUUUCAAUGCCUUUUAUUUGAUACUUCAGGCGUCUGGUUUUCUUUUUGUAUUUUUUUAAUAAACAAGUUUUAAAAGGCAAACACUACAAGAUUAUUCGAAAUAUAGAGUAUAGCAUUAGUCCAACUACUCAGUUAUCAUACAAGAUAUUUUAAAAUAUACAGGUUGACUUAAAUUGAUACCAGAAACAUUUUUUUAACUAGAAUAUCCUGGAUAUUUUCUGUAUCAGAUAUUGCAAUGUUAUGAAGGGUGAUUUAAACGAUACAAGCAACAUUAUAUUGAUUUCUCAAUAAUUUCUUUAAUUAAUAUGUAGGAUUUGAAAUGAAAAAUUUAUCAACACAAAGAGAAAGUUUAGUACCAUUUCGUGAAAAUAACUCGGCAUGUCACUUAAUACUCGGGCCAAAUAAAUAAAAUUCACAUGGCGACAAAUCGAAACUAUAAGUAGGGCGUUAUAAUGUUUCUAGCACUAUCCAGCCCUACAGAGGAGCUAUUCCUAUAUCAAGGCCUACUCCAACAAACCCUUCUCCUUACAAAAAUCCUUUUUGUUCUGCUAAAGUCGGAAUUCCAUCAAGACGCAUGGAUUUGCGUGAAAUUUUGGAAAUUAUAUAACCAUUUUCAAUAUUCAAUAAAAUAAAUGUUGAUACAUUUAGAAAGUUAAAAAACAUUUGUAGUAUUAAAAUUAAGAUCGCAUGAUGUUUUAGGAUACUAUUUAUGUUUUUCAACCCUUAAUCAAUAUAUUUCAUCCCAUAUUAUAUCCAAGUGUUUGUUUUAAGUAUAAACUCUCUUAGUUUAUGAGCUAGAUAGUCGAUUAAAAAUCAUUUUGGGGGAAAAUUUACAAUUUACAAUCUCCUAAAAAGGUUUCUCCAAACCAUUCAAACGUCUUGAUCCUAUUAUUUUUAUUCAAUUAGAGUGAUUUGUAAAUUUAUAAAUAUUUUUUUCAAUUAGGUUAGAGAUGAUGUGUUUUAUCUAUGAAAUGAAGGGAUGCUUUCUUACUUUUAUCAUCACUUCAUUAUUUUAUGUAUUACGAAGUCUUAAAAAGUCUCAUUUGGAUGGAUUUUUGAAGUUUUUUAAAAAAGACUCACUAGGUAGGUCACAGGUAAAAUUGACCGUUUUUCAUGUAUUCAAUUUUUUUAAAUCUUUGGUUCACUAAAUAAGUGAAAUAACUCGUUUUGUGUUAGAUUUAGAACCAAUUCUUUUUAUUCUUUUCAAAGGUACAUUCAACCUCCUUACAGUUUUUUCGAUAAAAAGUGUUUGAGUUAAUUGUGAAAAAUCGAUCCAAAAUUUGCUUUUUUUUAAUAAAAAUUCAAUCAAGAAUGAGUCAAAAAGUAUUGAUUCUUCAUAAUCAAAAUCCAUAUAGUAAUUUUUCCCUCCCUAGUUACGGUGGUAUUCACCCCAAGAGUAAAAGCACAUAUAGGCAUAGGGUAGACUUUUCUUUUUAAGCUGUUAAGUAUCUAUUGUUAAAAUUUUAAGCAAAUCGAUGCGUCUUGAUGAAAAACUGAGGUAAAAACCGUUGUUCACUGAUCUAUUGGAAUUUCGCUUCGUUUUUAUCUGUAUACAGGUUACACCGUGUUUUUUAGAAGGUUACUACAAUACUGCGCAUUCACAGACCGUUGUUCAGUGAGAAAAUCAACCGCAAUUAUCACUCUAAUAUCCCACAACACGGUACACAAAACGUUUUUUUCCUUCCUUUUCAUACCGUUACAACAAACGCGUGCUAAGUUCCAAACGUGUGAAUUUCUGCUCGAAAGUUUUGGCAACCGACUGGCUGGAAUUUGUGGUGGUUGAGCCGUUCAUGUGUUAUUUAUUUAAGCCGAUGCCCUCCAGCUAUAUCGUGUCGGUUUGUAAGUCUACCACCUCUCGCAAUUUUUUGAAACUAUUUAUACACUUGAGGUUUGGAGAGACACUCAUCCGAAUUUCUGGGGAAAUUUCCGCGGAUUUUACAUUAUCUUCGAUAAAACAACGAUGCAUUGCGCAACAGACACUGAUACAACAUUCUUCCUCUAGAAUUAAACUAAAAAGCGAAAUUACGCGAAUUCUCUACGCUUCGUAACAGACUAUAUAGUCUAACAUCCAGUGCAGCAACUUUUCCCUCGUUUAUUCACAAAUUCCGGUUUAUAUUUGAAUCACCAAUUCGACUUUCUACUCACUAUCAACAAACACAGUUUUUCCAUCUAUUGAUAAUUUUACAAAUAUGCCAUAAGACGGGUUGUCACUGCGCGAAAUUAUUUGGCGAAACUGUUGGAUCGCUUCGAAAAAUACUCACAAGUUUCGGAGUAAGAACGAAGGCGAGACAGUUUUGCGCAGUGAGAAUCCGGUUUUAAAGUAUUAAAAGAUUUUUUAUAUCAACAUCUCACAAUGUUACAAGAUACUGCGAAAUUAAUAUAUAACUGUUUGUAACUUUGAAACUUCUCUAUAUAACCUUGCAAAACUAUGUUAAAUAGAAAGUGAAUAAGGACAGAGCAUAGAAAUCUGAUUGAUAUAUAUUUCAAAAAAUUUCAUUUUGUACGUAUUUCAAUUAAUUUUAUAUCUAUAAAUGUUUGAGUAUUUGGAUUUUGGCUGCUUCUAGUAAUCAUUUAACCAUUUCUUAAGUAGUAGUUAUUGAGAAAAAAGAAGAAAUAUCUUGGUAUUUGGAAUCGCCGCCUGGAGUAUAAAUUUUUUUAUAUAAAUGCGGUCCAAACGAAUGUGUUACAGUUGAACAAUGUAAAGUAACCUUUAGAGAGUAUACGCGUAAAAAACCUAUUUUUUAAAUGUUGAAAUACAUAAGUUUCUAAUUGCUUAUACAGCAAUUUAGGCGCGUCGAGUUGGCACUUCAAUUUUUCGAAUUUACAAACAUUAUCUUCAAAGUAAUGAAAAAAUUUUUUUCGUAAUAGAUUUCUGUUCAAAUGAGACUUUGAAAAUAAAUCAUUUUUUCAACUGAGAAUCUUGUACAAAAUAAAAAAAUAAGAAAAAGCUAUGAAUGAAACUCUGUAUUAUAAACAAGCUCAUAUUUAUUAAAGUACAUAUUGAAAACAAUCUUGCUAGUUAUAAAAAGAGGAAAUUUCAAAGUUAUAUGUUUCAUGCACUCAUAUUCAGAUAUGUCGCAAGAAAUAGCUUCUUUAACAUAACCCCAAAAUAUUAAAUCUUGAAUACAAGGAGUAUCUUCAUUUUCACAACGAUCUAUCCGGCGCUGUAAUAAUAGUUAUUCAGAAAGUCACUUACAGGGAUGUGUCAAAUGGACUGAGCUUCAUUAUGUUAUUGAAUCGAAUCCUGUGAACCUAACAGAAUUUUAGAACACAACAUGUUCAGGUUCACUAUUCCAGUUCCAGUUCCUGUUGUUUUCGUAAAGAAUAAUAAACUUUUGAACGGGAUGAUUAAGAUUUUGCACGCCCUAUAAGCGAACGCGGUAUCUGUUCACUUCUCUAAUAAGAGUUAAAGUAGAAAGGCUUUACAAAAUUCGCUCUCUUUCUUAUUCAGGUUGACAGCCUACACAAGAUGUUUUCUUCUAACUUAAUUAGUAGACUUUCUCGAACUUAAAAAUAUAUAUAAUUAAAUAAAAUCAUAUACCUGUGGGUACCUUCUGUUGGUAACUUGUUAUUCAUGCCCAAAACUUUUUUAUUUCUAUCUUGUUUCACACCCUCCCUCCAUGAUACUUUUUUUUACCUAAAGUUGUGUUUUCCCAUUCCUCUAGCUUGACAAAUUCUUUUUUCCUUCUACAGAGAUAUACAAAGCAUCUAAGCCGUUGUUUUUCAUUUAUUUUAAUCACAUGUUCUACAUAUUCAAGUCUUCUAUUAUCGUUUCGUUUCCUAUUCGAUCUUUUCUUUACGUACUCCAUUUCAACUGCUCGAAAUUUGCUUUUGAGAUCGUAUUUAUCCAGUUCUCGCUACCAUAUAUAAGAGUAGGUCGAAAUAUUUAAUUAUACACGUUCGUUUUGGUGUUUUUUGUUAUAUCUAUUUAACGUAUUAUAAAGUUAGAUUGCCGCACUAAUUCUUCCAUUAAGCUUUGCUUCUUGAUUCUCAUCGCUCUAUUCCGCGCCUUCUUCUUCUUCUUAACGUGCCGUAUCAAGCCUCCUUGACAUUGGCGUUCAACAUGGCAAAACUCUCUCUAUCUUGAGCUAGUCCUGCUUCUCUUAUUCCAGUCCAUUGUCUAGUAUUCUUUAACCAAGAGGCUUGUUUCCUUCCAUUUCCUCUACGACCUUCAACAUUACUUUUAACUUUUUCUGCAUUUGAUGUUAUCCACCAACUCACGAACCGCAUUUGCUCUAUUAAAGACGGUUUGCAUAUCUGCCCACGGUAUCUUGAGCAAAAGCCUCUAAACGAUUAAUGGUGGAUAUUUUUAAAGUCUCUUUGACACCAAUAUAUUUCAAACUGGACACUCUGAAUCGACUGAAUACCAUAUAUUUUGUUUUAAAACAGUUAAAGUUUAGAUCCAUCUCUCUUCCAACUCUGUCAAUGGCGUUUAAAAGACAUUGCAGUCCAUUCAAGUCGUCACACAGUAUAACUGUAACGACUGCUCAUCUAAUUGUAUUUAUAGCUUAAGAUUUUGCAUUCUUCUGUCGAUUUUUCGAUGAUUCUUACGUCAGAACUAUCAACUCCUAUUUCUGUUAAUAUAUUCAUAAACUUAUCGUGUUGUACUCGAUCGAAUACCAAUGCAAAAAGUGCUUCUCAUUUUCUCAAACAAUUUCUGAAGCCGAAUUGAGUUUCAUCUUGAUCUUCUUCGCGCUUAUUUCUGAUUCUAGCGUCGAUGAAUCUCAAGUAUAUUUUUAUAGUGUGACUCAAAAGAUUUAUCAGUCUAUAGAGCUUUUGAUGUUAUUUUUUUUUGGCAAAGUUACUAAUUCGUAUUUUGAACAACAUUAUUGAAGAGUUUGACUAAUAUUCCUGUAUUUUAUUCAUGUACAAGUUUUAGCAUCUCUGGUCCAACAGCUUUCUUGCUUUUUUUUCCAACUCUGUAUCACUUCUGACUUUAGUAUUUCUGGUCCUUCGCCUUCAUCAAAUGCCAUUUGUUCUUCUGAUCUAGAGUCGUUAUACAGUUCUUUGAUACAAACACACACACACACCAAAUUAUUCUAAUUUCUUUUUUAUCUACGAUUAUUUUUCGUUUUGAUUCCCUUAAGGUAUGAGGUGUCUUCUUGUUGUAUAGGCCAGCUACUUCUCUGACUUUUUUGAACAUAUUGAAAGUGUCAUGUUUGUCUUGUAAAUCUUCCAUUUCAAUGCAUUUAUCUUUCAUCCAAUCUUCUCUGACCAUUAUUAUUUUUUGUUUGAUUAUUUUCUGUAUCUGUUUAUAUUUUACUCCAUCAAAUUUAGGAUUUCGUCAGUCAUCCAUUGUUGUUUUUGUGUCUUGGACGCUUUUUAAUGUGUUUUUUUAUUAUUUACAAAAUGUGAUCUUUAAAAGUGUUCCAGAUUUCUGUAUUGUCAACUUCAUCUUUUAUUUGUUUCAGUUGGCUGUUAAUAUCUUUAUCAAUUUGUUCUUUCUGAUAUCCAGUUUUAAUUUUACCAGACAUUUUUGAGCUUGAAUUUAAUAUCAGCUAUCAGAGGAUUAUGAUCCGAUGCAAUGUCUGAAACUCUCGUUCCAAUUGUAUUCCAUAUAUUUCGAUUUUGAAUUCUUCUUCUUAUUUCCCCACUACCAUUGCUUUUCUCUAUAUUGAUAUUCAUGUUCUUCAACUUCAUAGCUUAUUUCCAUGUUAAUAAUCUUGUUCCAAUUUCAAUCUCCAUUUUUCGUGAAUAACUUAACAAUAUUUGGUGCAAAAAUGAUUUCAAGAUGGUGGAUUUGUACCACGGGCUACAACCCUACAAACUUGAACUUAGCAACCCAUCCUAGGCAUCAGAAAAAAAAUUUGUGACAUUAAAAAACUUGAUCUUUCUGUGUCAGACAAAGGUUCUUAAUUUUAAAUUUGUACUUGAAUAAAUAGGAAUUUUUAAAACUGGGUUUUACAUGUAUAGCACUCCUUAAUAUCAUUGAUUAGUUCAACUUAGAUUAACAAUUGAUAAAAUUCGAAAUCUAUUACGUGAAAAAACGAUUUCGUUUCCUAAUUUCCUUUAUUAGAAGUCCAACACUACCGUACAUAUUUUCUGAAUGGAAAAUAAUUGUGUUCUCAUAUUGUUAUUUAAUGUUUGUACUAAAAAAAACAAACGUUGGUUUUUUUUUGUUUUAACAAUUAUAAGAAUUAAUUUGUACAUUGCUGCAGUAAAUGUAGUUCUCGUAAGUUAUGACAGAAUAGUUUGUUUUAACCCUAAAAUGCUCUUAUUAUUAUUAUUAUUAUUAUUAUUAUUAUUAUUAUUAUUAUUUUGUUGUAUCUUGUUGUACAUGUAUUACUUGUUUAUUACUAUGAGUAAUUUCUUUCUUUCAUCAGUUGGGCUAUGUUAAAGUUAGCUAUUCUGUACCUUUUAAGUGAAAAAUUUCCUCUUUUUUAUAAUUAUUUAAGUGAUACCGAGGCAGUAAUCUUGCACGUACAUAACCAAGUUGACAGGUACCAUUUUUGAACCGGUUAUUUUGAAAUUAAAUCAAAAUUAGCAGAUCAAAAUAUCUUCAAAUCUUAGCAAACUAUGUAUAGAUAAAAAUUAUCAAUCUAGGGCAGUGUUUCCCAUCUUUUUUUGUACCAUGCUUCCCCAAACCUUUCUUUCAGUAAAUCAUUUUCAGCACCUAUCCACAUUCAACUAAACUAUGAAGAUGGAAAUGGUAAAAACAAUUUCCUCGCACAAUUGACUAAAUUUCGUUAUCUAACUCUUCUUGAUACUGCAUAUAAGAUAUAUCAAACCAAUCCGCUAAUAUUAGCUGCAAUAAACCCCUGUGGUGCGAGGAUCCCACGUUGUGAAACACUGAUCUAGGGUGAAUAAAGCAAAAAAUUGUUAAUAACUUGUUACCUAUUAUACUAUAUGAUAAGAAGUUGAAUCAAAGUAUUGGUAUUGAAAAUUUAAUUAAAGUAGUCAAAAAUGGUGCUAAAAUCAAAUUAUUGUGAGAAUACUGUUUCUAAAAUAUUCUUUUUGCACCCAGUGUCAGUAUUUUUGUUAAAAAACAAACGACCAAGGUCUUACUAGAUUUUAGAUUAUCAUUCCACAAUUUUUAGCUUUUCUUCACAACUAUAAGACUCUGAAUAGUUAUUAUUUCUACAUAUUUUUUUUACAUUCACAUAAUUUUAAUGAUUUUUAUAUCAAGGACGUAUUUGUUAAAUAUUUUUUAGUUGCAGAGUAUAAGAAAAGAAUUAAAAGUAAUAAACAUAAGGUUUUUUGCUUUGAUGAGCAUGUACAUAGAUUUAUUUCGUCUCAGCACACGUUUGGUGUGCCUGCUAACCUCUCAGCAACUCGAUUUUGAUGUUUUUUAUAUCGACAAAGUUUUCGUUUUUCUUUUAAUAACCACAACAAACAAUAGUAUAUACUUUUUCCCACAUUUAAUCAUUUUGAAGACGGUUAAAUAUGAGGACUAGAAGAUUUGUUUUUCUAUCUGUAGAUUUUGUUUUGUUUUAUGUUGCAAUAUUUUUAGGCUAUAAUUUUUUUUCUGAGCGAUACUCUGUCGUCUUCCAAAACUUUACAUGUAUAGUAGGAUGCUCCAAAUAUUUUUUUUUCUGACUCUUACUGACCUCUCAAUUUUUUCUAUUUGAUGAAAAAGAAAAUCCUUCUAAAACAUAAGCUCUAUAGCUCUAAGGGGGCGCUUUUUUCAUCUUAGUUUCCUAUUUUUUAAAUUUAAAAUUACACAUAAUUUAUGCAGUUGUUUUACGAAUAACUAAAUUAAAUUCUUAAAAUUGAGUCUUUGAGUUUUAGAAAAUUGUAUAACGAAGUAAGAUUAUCUUCAAAAAAAGACUAGUUACAGCCAUUCAAAAAUUAUUAAAUUUUGAAGUUUGAAGAAAGAAAUUGCAAUAAUUUUUCUCGCAUCAUCCGCAAAAUAAUAUUUAAUCUAUUAGUCAGUACUGUAGGGCAACACUGUACUAGUGUUUCUGAAAAUGUGUGUCAACACUGACUAUCACAUUUAAUCUAUUAGAAGUGUGAACCAACUCUGAUUCUAAAAUGUUAAUGAGAGUGGAUAAUUUGAAAAAAAAAGCAAAUAAAAUAAUAGACUUGAGAAUUUCUUAGAUAUAUUUAGUCGUAGCUCAGCACAAACUUUAACAGAAGCUCAAAUGUAGAAUGGAAAACGUCAAAAAUAGUAUUAUCUUCAGAUUUAGAUAAUUUUUUUGUAUCUCAAAAAUUUGGUUAUUUGGAAUGACUCUAACUAUUUUUUUAAGGAUAACCUUACUCAAUUAUGCAGUUUUCUGAAGCUCAAAAACACAAAUUUGAGAAUAUAAUAAGUUAUAUUGUGAAAUAUUUCAUAAAUUAUCUGUAAUUCCAAAUUUAGUAGAUAAUUCGAUAAGAAACUGAAAAGCCAACCCUAAGAACAUGUUUUGUGAGAAUUUUGAUUACAUUAAAUAGGAAAAUUUGAAAAGGCUAGACAAUCACCCUAAUAAUGUAUAGUCAUUAUUCAAAUUAUAACCAAUUCUUUGAUAUUUUUUGAAUCAAUUUUUCUAUAAAUUUUGAACUCCUGUCACCAAAAUAUGAAAAUAUGUUGGGUAAUAAGACAAUUUCGGUACUAGUAGUUUUUACUUGAAUUUACAAAUCGAAACCUUGUCAGUGGCAAAUAAAGAAUCGUGACCAUCGUUACCUCACGAAGAAGGCUGCAUGUGAAUUAGCGAAGAAGUUGGACAACAGUUUAGUAACAAUAAGAAAUCUAUGAUAACAUAAAUACUUUGUACUCUGCUUUUCACACAGAUGGAUGCAUAUACAUCUGCACAACAUUGAAGCGUAAGUUACGUAAGUUUCUAAUAUAAUUUUCCCAUACAUCCGUACUCUCGCCAGAAAUCUCAUGGUUGCAGUUUAGUUUUUUUCUGGACUUGAUAAUUUAAGAAGAAACCAUCAAAAACAAAUUUCGAUUAAAUUUUUGUAUACGAUUUUUUUUGUAAAAUGACACAAAAUAAAUCCAUAGUUGAUUUCUAGUACAAUUAACUACAUAUUUCAACUGAAUAAUUUUAACUGCAUUCAAAAACUUGUGUUGCAGUCCAAAGACUUAGAAAACUGAUUCUAGAUAAUUCCACAAAAUUGUAAAAUAACUUCAGCUGCAGAUAAUUUGCAUUAAAAAUAAUUAGAAAUGUUUUCAAAGAAGUAAUAGAAGAAAUCAGUAAUGAUUUGUAAGUACAGUUGGGAUCAGUUUCAGUUGUAUAGCCCAGAAAGGUAAAAAGGCUAUAAAUAGUCCCAAUGGGCGUGAGGGUACUCAAAUCCAGUUGUAUUCUGAAUUAGUGUAUUUUAGUCCAGUUGAUUAAUCCUUAAAAGGACUUCCAAAAAACAUAGAUUUCUUCCACAAUUUCAUCAUACUUUCAUUAUGACGAUGUUUUUUUCCUAUGAGGUAAAUUAUUUUGAGUUUUCUCGUUCCGGUAUUUCGUUGACAAUAAUUUCUUUUACAUUCUUCUUAGUUCCCAGCUUUCAAAUCUCGACAAAAUGAAUCUUUCGAAUUCUUUGAUUAGAAUUAUCUUCUGAUGUACUACAAACACGAUAAUAAUAUAGAGCCAAUCAUAAGAACCGGAUGUUUUUAAAAUAAUCAUAUAAAAUCGAAUAUUUACUUUAAAAAACUUUUAUUGGUACAAAAACACUUGUUAGAUCGUAGCAUUUAUUAUCUACUCACUUAAGAACAAUUAUAUCCGGCAAGUGAUGUCCAUUUUGGGCAAUACAUUGUCGUAGCCUUUGAUGGAAACUGGCCUCAAUUCUUUGCAGCAUGUCUACAUCAAUCUGGGUGACGCGUUGACUAAUUGCGAUUUUAACUGCUGCACGAUGGGUAGCUUGUAAAGAUGGAAAUUUAGAUCUGUAUGCAGAAUUUGUCUUACCGUAUUUGUGUUCAUUUGAAUUGCUGCUGAAUACCUCUGAAUAGAGCGGCGUGGGCUUCUGACAAAAGCUUGUUCAAUGUUCUCCGGAAUUUGUUGGAGACCCGGUGAUUUUUUCUUCAAUUGAUUCACUUGUUCGAAGGUUGUUCACCCAUCUCAAUAUUGUGUUACGAGAAGGGAUACUUGCAUUACGAUGGAUAUUAAACUGACGGCGGAAAUCUCGAUGAACAGCAGUUAUGGAUUCGUCAUUUCUCACAAAACUGUCAUACGUGUACAAGCUUUGGUUUAGCGUCCACAGCUCCAUCUUAAUGACUGAAAUGUAAAUGCUAUGAAUAAAAGAAACUUCAAAAACAUCCGGUUUCCGUGAAUGACCCUGUACAAUACAAAAAUUUAAUUAUAAAAUUAGGAGAGUUCUCCCCCAAAGACAUGGCAUUUUAAGCCUUUCACCCUAAAAAUAUUACUACUCGAAAGUAGGAUCUUGAAUGUCGAGGUGCGACUGAGUCCCGUAGUGGGACCAGAGGUGGGCAAGUGAACCGUUCACCUAAAAGAGCGCUCUUUUGAACGAUUCCAAAAGAGCUGCGACUCUAUUUGCCUUCCCUCACAACUUUCUCGACUAUCCCGAAAUCCGAACGAUUCUUCGAGAAAAUCGAUCAAAGUUUACUUGUUUACUUAGACAUUUGAUUCUUUCGACUAGACCAACUCCUAAGUCAUUUACUUAUAGAGCCCUAGAGCGAUUGCCGGUUCUUUUUUCGAUUAGUUUGAUUUGAUUCAUAUUAAUUAGUUUAUGUCAGAUUUUUCUACUUCUUCGUCUUGAAUUUCCUUAGCAUUUUAUUUUUGUUUUAUUAGGUAUUGCUUUGAUAUUCGAAAUAUUUGGGGGUAUUGGUUCCCUUUAUCCACGGUGUAAAAUGAUUCGUACUUUUACAUAUUCCUACUUGCACCCUUUUAUAAGAGUGCCUUUGAAAAUCGGUAUUUGGUUUGUUGUUGAUGCUUAUUUUGCUUCAUGGUUUGUUACCAUGUGAUGGGAUCUAGUAUUUUUUGGAUACUAUGGGGUAAAGCUGCGACCUUCAGAAAAAACUAAAUAUUCUGGUAGGAGCCACAAAACUAGGUAAGUGGAAAAGUUCCAUAAAACUUUGUGAUUCACUAUUUUUUGUACCUCUGAUUAUUCCACUAUUAGAAACAGGAAGAUAAACAGUCAUAAAAAUAAUUUUGUUAUGGAAGACGACAUAUGGAAUGCUUGCCGACUUCAUUUGUAAAUGUUUCAUACAAAGUGUAUACUUAAUAGAUAGUAGUUACUAUUAUACGUCAAAUUCUUGACAAUUACAGUACAAGGUUAGGUUUAAAAAAAUCACUAUAUAGUUUUUUUGUAAAUGAGACACUAACACGGUGAUGGCACUUAACUAAUGUAGUUUAAGACUUUUUACUUAGUAGGUAUGUAAUAUGUGUAGUGGGAUACAACAAAAAUAAAUGGAAAUAAUUUUUUUGAACCUUUGCAUUGAGAAAGAAAUAGCUCAGUCCCAGUUUUGUGGUAUUUACUAAGAGUUGUGAGUAUAUCCAACUAUUUAUUCUACUAUUUAUUUAUAUUUAUCAAUCUUGAGAUUGAUUAUAAAGGAUUUGCUUUCGUUUCAUCCAUCUUACGACUAUCUAAUUAAAUUAUAAUUUUCAGUAUUUCAUGUAUUAUGUAUUAAAUUCAAACUAAGAUCUAAAUUCUUGUAUAAACUCUCCAAAUCAAGACUGAAAUAUUUUCAAAAUAUCUCGAAAAUAUGAACCCUUGAAAAACUUUUAUUCGAGAAGGUUACUGGUUAAAAAUCUUCAAAAUAUAAAGAUAAAUUCCCAAUAAACUUUGCCAACGCGAACAGUGUUUGCACAUGCGCCAGUGCACAAGUUUUUUUUAUUCUUUGAGGUUAAGUUCAACUGAUUUAAUAUGGUUACAAAAUAAACAAUGAAUUUCUUCUCUAGAGUGCAUAGGGGCGUCCAUUAAUUAAGUGAGGCAUUUUCAGACAUUUUUUCAUUCCGAUUCAGUCCAGGGAGACUCGUGCGCAGUCUCAAAAGUGACUUUUGGAAUUAUUGGAAAAUCAUUUACUCCUUCUCCCUCAUCCUGAUCCGAAAUUUGGAAACUUGUAACCUCUGUGAACCGCUUCAGCAUGAUUUUUUGUUUCCACUUCACCCUCGAGUUGUAUUAAAAAUGUACAAACUCUGUCGGAAAAACAGAAUAAUGAUUGAUUUUAUAGAAAAAUCGCACAUGGUUAGCUUCAUUUUUAUUUUACUACUAAAAAAUACUAUUAAAUAAUUUAAACCCCUCAAAAAAGUGACAAAAAAAGAAAAUACCGUACUCUCGGAAAAUCUAUACUUCUAGCGGAAAAAUGAAAACUUUCGAUUGAAUCAAGAAGUAAAUAGCCGGAAAAAAAAUGAUUUUUCAAGUGCCGAUCAGCUCAAUUUGCGAUUGAGAAUUCCAACUAAAAUUAAUUCAAAUUAAACAAAAAUCACCCAGAAUCUGCUUUAUUUUCAAUAAAUAUAAAAGUAACAUAUUUUCUGAAAAAUUACAAUCUGAUGAAAAAAACUUGUAUACGUGUACCACCUGGAAAUUUGUAUUUGCAUCCCUUAGGGUUACAGAAAAAUGUGAUCAACCUAAAGGGAUAUUUCUAUGAAUAAAGUAAGAGUUCGUUUUCUAUUUCUUAUUUUGUAUUCAAUUUCCAGUACACUGUCAUCAUCUGCUAAAUCAAAAUAUAAAUAUAACCUAAAAUGUUUUAUUCUAUAAAAUAUCAAAUAAAUUUACGUGUGAGUCUAUAGAUUUGCUACCAAACAUAUUAUAAUGCUAUUUUAAUAAUAAAAAUAGCGAAAAUGCAAAAAGUUUGCUUAUUUCAUAAUAUUUCAUACCUCGAUCGAGAGUACGUACUUUCGAUCUUAGGGACGAAGGUUUAACAUCAAUUUCCAGUGAGAAGUACCCGCGGGCAUUAUAAUACACGGGCCAAAAGUUGAAUUUACGGCCCUGCGCGUCAUAAUGCCCUAAGCGAACACAUGUACUUUUCACUCUCGUCCCUGCACGAAAAUUUGUAAUUUGUACCAGCUAGGAAGAAAAAUCGGGCCGAAAAUUCAACUUUCUGCCCUUGUAAUGUACAUUAUGUAUAACUCCACCAUAAAUUGGAUUGAUUAUACAAAAUAGGCAUGAGAUUGUUUCCAUUACAAUCUAUAAGGAUUAUAAUUUUUUAAGACUUUCAAGUUUUUAUCACUUUAUUGGUAAUACAAAUGAAAAUAAAGCCAAUCAUGUUCCAUUUUUUGUUUAAAUCUAAUAAAUUUUCAGCUAGAUUUAGUAUUUUCUACCGAUAUUGGAACAGUUGAUCCGCACUUAAGAAACUAUUUUUUUCGGUUUUAGUUUGUUGUUUGUUAUUUUGGAUCAUUAAUUUUUUUUAAAUCUGCUUGGAUUAUUGGAAUAAAACAACAGUAAUUUUGAAAGGAUCAAUUCAACGAAUGUACAAUCCAAAGUGAAGCUUUCCAUCCAAAUUAAUGUUCGUUAAAAAAUUUUUUACCGUGUUUGGGUGAUUAUAUGAUGAUAAACAAGUUCAAGGAAAGGGCUCUAGUCAAAUUCUCAUCACUACUCAGUGACUAGACAAUGUGGUAUCUCAAAAUAUUUGUCAAUAAACUUCUUGAUUGUUUCUUCUCAUUAGAUAUGUCGUUAUGAGGAAAAUUACACCGUACUUUCAUCGGAAAAAUAAAGUUUCUCGUGAACACUCGUUUAUGAUACCACAAAUAUAUAUAUAAUAUUCUUAAUCCGGACAACUACUUCAACGGCGUCAUCUCUGAUAGUAUAUUCAUGUUUUUUAUUUCAAACAGAGCCAAUUUAUUCAAAUUUUUCAAUUAAAAGUGUAACUUCCUAUUCCUUCCUAUCCUCUUUGGAAGAGACAACCAAAACUCAAUAUUCUUAGCAAAUUCCCUAAACAUGAAACAACGAUAACUGAAACAAAGAUUUCAAAAUAUUAUCAAUUGCACUCACUACAAUCAUAUUCUGUAUACUGAUGCAUCUAAAUCUGAAGUCGGCGUAGAUUGUGCCGUAGCCAAUUCACAUCAAACAAUCAAAGGAUAUCGUCUACACAGGAUAAUUAUAUGCAGUCCUCCAAGCCUUGAGCUCCCUAUUCCCUGACGACAAACAACACUCUAUCAUUCGGAAUAUUCACGACUCCAUUGACCAUUGGCAAGCACUGGUUUACUUUAAUCUGGGUACCGUCUCAGACUGGAAUACAUGAGGAAUACAAGUAGAUUCGACAGCUAGCCUCAACAGCGAUUUAAUACAAAUCCACAAUGAUGUCAUAGCUAGCAUGAGACGUUUGUAUUCGCGACCGAUGGGCAAACCACUGGACAAGCUGCAACACUAAGCUACAUGAACUUCAACGGUCCAUCGACUUCAGAAAACUAUCUCCCACGAAUCGUAGACUAGGCAUCUGGCAUACUCGACUCAAUCAAAUAUCAGCACUGCAAAAUACCAUUAACAGUGAACCACAUGCUAAGAAGUUGUCCACAAUACUCCAAUAAGCGCCGUAGUCACCAGGUGUCGUAGUUAUAGUACAGUUAUAGUUUUAUAGUACAGUUUUACUAAUUCAAUUCUUCUGAUGUACAAUAAACAGGGUUCAACAAUUGGUAUUUUAAUAAUAAUAAUCAUCGAUCAAGAAAAACUUCGUCCAUUAAAAAUACGUUUGAAGUAAUUACCGUUAAGGUUUCUCAAGGGCUAGUUCUUGUUGUUAGCGGGAUGAAAAAGAAAUUAAAAACAACAAUAAAUUCUUGUUUUAGAAAUUUUAGAACAAAUUUGAAAAAAUCGAAAUUGUUAGGGGUACAAAUUUUAUAUGGAUAGCCCGAUAUGAGGAAAGUUUAUUCUUUACGUUUCCAAAGAUAGAAAUCAGUGUGAUACACUGUAUAUAAAUAAGAUACAUCUAGUUUUUAUCAUUCGAAUUGAAACAAUUGUAUUUCCUUUGUAAAGGUUUCAAAUUUACGUAAUUUUUGUUUGUAUCCUAAUCAGUAGCUUAAAAGAUUUUUCUCAUAAUACCGUCUUCAUUAUGGUAGCAAAAAAACAGGUUCAAACAAGAUUCUCGUGGCAUAUUUCAAAACGGUUCACAAAAUUCUUCAAAGCUCCAUAAAUCAGGUCUAAAUAAUUUUUCAUCUACCGAUAAUAUCUACGAUAAUAUAUAGAAACCAACUGAUACUAAAAAACCUUAUAGUCCAGUCAUUUUACGUAGAUUUAGUCAAGAUUUUCAGAAAAUCGAGAUACCCAGCUAUAAAUUCGUUUAAAUUUUUUCAUUUGACAUGCUAAAACUCCUCUCAAAGCUCACAUAUUAUUCGAUGUGAGCAACUCUAAAAAUCAGGGAUUAAAAGUCAAAAAUGUAUAUCUUUUGCCAAUAACUCGUUUCCUCUGGGUUUUACGCUAUUUAUAUUUAUUAUCAAUAUUGUACAGCAUUAAAUUUUCUACAACUUUUGUAUGGAAAAUUUUUUCAUACGGUGAAUAGUUCCUGAGAUAGAGGGCAGAGCGCCCAUUUGAAAUCAACCGAUAGUCCCGAUCAAAAUAAUCUCUUAUAAAGUUUAUAAAUUAUUGCUAAAUAUGUAAUUAUAUGUAGUUUUCAUUUUUUAUCAACAACUGCAUUAUAUUUCAUUAUAUAUUUUUUGAUUAAUUAUCUAUUUCCAAUCAAGUAUAAAUUCAUUUAAUAGCACUUACCUGCCCGUGUAGUUUCAAAAUCGUAGUGAGAAAAAUUUUAAUCAUAUAUAAAUCUUAUUUAUAGUAAUUAUUUCAAUUUCAAUUUUCUUCUUCUUCAUCCUCUUCGUCUUCCUGUUGAACUGGACAGUUUUUUUCUUCAAAUGCUGCUGCCAGUUCAUCCAAAUUAUUAUUAUUUUGAUCGGGACUACCAAUGGAUUUCAAACGGAAUGCUAACCGCGAGCGCUCUGCCCUAUAUCUCAAAAACAAUUCACCAUAUGAAAAAAAUUUUUUAAACAAAAGUUGUAGAAAAUUUAAUGCUCUACAAUAUUGAUAAUAAAUAUAAAUAGACCAUAGGAAACCAUAGGAAACGAAUUAUUUGCAAAAAAUCGAUUUUUUUGACUUUUGACCCCCGAAGAGUUUUAAGCGGAGUUUUAAGAUGUUAAAUGAACAAGUUUGAAGGACUUUCUACCUGGAUAUCUCGAUUUUUCCAGGUGAACGACCUUAAAUGACUGGACUAUCAUAAGUAUCACUCUGUAUUAUGAAUUUAGUAGUAUCUAUACUGAAAUAUUGAAAAAAAAAAUAAAUGAACACUUAGAAGCUACUCUGUACUAUUGAAAUGUUCUACUUAUGUUAUCGUCCGCGAAAAUAUUAUACAGGGUGUUAUUCCAAAUAACAGAACCGUAGAUUUCAAUUAGAUAUAAUAAAAUUUACUAAAUUUGCUUCGGCAUCUUUGUUCAUCCAUGACAAUGUUUUGAUUCCAAUUCGGUUUGUUUUUUCGAAAAAUUUUGAAUAUUAUGGAUUCGUGAGGAUGCUGAACUAUAUGUAAGUUGACAAACUCCUUAUAUAAAUUUAUUUGAAAUAGUCUCAUAUAGUUUUGAACUAAAUUCAAUUUUUGAGUCGAUGGAAGUUUGUAAAAGGUAAACUUUAUUCGACAAUUGGCACUACGUUCUUUUAACUAAUCAUAAAUAUUUUCAAAACGGCCUAUAAACAAGCUAAAGAGCUAUUCUGUAAAUUUGGAAAUUUAUUAUCAGUUGUCCUGAGUGUUCCGAAUAUGGGAAUUUCAUUGCAACAACCAAAUACAUGUUUCGGCUUCCCACUUUCAUCAUUAAUUGAACUUUUUCUAAAUACAAACCUGGAUUUUUGUCAUUCUCAUAAACUCCUUCAUGAGGAUUACCAUAAUUCAUAUGUUACGUUAGGGUGUUUGUUUCGUACCCAAUAAGUCAUCAUCAAGUUCCAUAAUAUUCCAAACUACAAGAGAUUGUGGCAGUGUUCCAUAAUCCGACAAUUUCGACGGUUUUCCGCCAUAUAAUUGUAUUUAAUACAACCCUGAAAUUUUUCGUAGUAUUUUUAAAACGCGUGUUAGUUAUAAUAUCCACAGGAUUGAAGUUGAAUAUUCCUUUCACAUAAGCAAAUCAACGUAUAUGCAAGACAAUGAAACUCAGCACUUAAAAAUAUGAGAAAUAUGUAAAAGCGAGUGCUCAAAGAUAUAUCCAUAAGUAAAGUCGACUUUACAGUACUAAGUUGAGUCUGGAAAAUGGCAGUUUACGUUAUCCUUAAAUUCUCCCAAUCCCGUUUAAAAUAAUUAGAAAUAAAAAAUCAAUUAACAUCAAUAACUAAUGAUGAACUCUUCCAUCCACCAUGCCGUUUUAAAACAUUAAUAUCAUCCCCAGCGUUGACGAAGUCCUUCUGAAGCAAUAUCCAGUGUACUUUUCUGGACGCUCAAAAUUAAUUCAGCAAUUUCUUUACGUGCCCCGUCAACUGUGUGUAUUCCAGCUUUUAUAUUUUCUAAACACAUCCAAAUAUUGCACCGUAAAUCACAGUAAAAGCCCGAAACCAUUGACUGAGAACCAGUAUCCUGUACAUCGUCCACUUCUAAAUACUCUAUUAGAUAUUCUUGACUUGGCUCUUCGUCGCCCCGUCCAUAAAUAUCUAUCUCGUACCGUAUUAAAUCACUUCCCGGACUUAUAAUGUAAAUAACUAUUUUUUGAAUCCAUCGACCAAUCCAAUUUUCUACUUAUUAAUUAUUGAUUCUAGUUGUAUUAUUUAUUAAAAUUUAUUUAUUUUGAGGUAUAUCCUUAUAUAAAAUUUGAUAUUCUCUAAGAAAGUAAUCCAGAGAAUGCAAAUCUAAACUUCUGAAGAGUCAAAAUCUUCAACCUCAAAAAGGGAUUCACACGAAAAUUUAUCUCAAUCUUGUCGCUUAAAUCGCGGUCUCGUAUCUGCACCAGGCCCUCCUCACGUCAAAAAAAGUAUGUAUGACUAAAAAAUAGAAAAAACGGCAGUUUGAUUAAUAUUGGGGUAAAAAAAGGACACUUUUUGCAAAAGUAUGCAGUUUCAAAUAGUGUUGCGGGUUUAGGACUCAAAAUAAAACUGUCAAAGAGUUUUUCAAACGCUUUUCGAUUUUUAAUUUGAUUUAUAUCAAAGUUUUUUUUCUCCCACAUUGGAGCAUUAUUUAUAACCAUGAAAAUUUGUGCAUUUAAACCGUGUAACAUUCUUUAAGUGUAAAUUUAAAACCAAUUCUCAAUAAUGACGAAAAAAAUUUUCAGAUUUUUCGUUUUUGUGCAUUUUCUAAAAAAUUUUCCAUAGUAUUGUAUAUUUUCUAUACCAUCAAAAAGUAGACAUUUCGACGAAGAAAAAACCCAUCAACUUCUCACGAAAAUCGAAUAGUUUGAUAUGAGAUUUUUCCAUUAAAAAUUAGGGUGCUUUUUGGAUCUUAAGCCAAAAUAAAGUAAAAAAAUAAAAUAUUACAAACCAAAUAAAUUACAGUGUAAUUUUUGUAAAAGAUACAAACAAAAACCCAAAAACAUGUUUUUCCAAUUUUUCACAUAAAUUUUGAGGUUAUGUGAAAAAAGUGUACGAACAAUGGUUAUAGAUCUUUUGAUUAUCUACAACUUUAUCCUUCGAGUUUUUCCUAAAGAACUCAUAGUUUUGGCGGAAAUAAAAAAAACAUAUUUUACCCUUAAAAACUCACCACUAUUCAUUUCCCCAGCUCGGAUCACCUGGAAUUUAUUUUUCUAUAUUCUCUACCUUUUUUAAUAGGUUUCGUCCUACUAUAAUUUUUUUUACAAUUUUUAUUAUUUUCGAUGCCUGCCCUGGUAUACUUUCCGGUUCCAUAAUUUUAUGGUCUUUUCAUUAAUUUUUAUUUCAUAUACUUAUAUUGUUAUUUCGUUUUCAAAACAAAAAACGAAUAUGCAACUUCUUUUCAGUAGAUCGAAAAAAAUAAUGUAGUUAGUUAUUUUAAAAAUUACGGGGCCGUAUCGAACACAAUUAUAAUUGAAGUAUCAUGAUGAUUGUUUGGGUAUGAAACUGAUACUUUAAUAUUAGUAUAUGUGACGGUGGUCACAAUAAAAUAAAUCGCAAAUUUAGUAAAAAACCAAGUCGAUGUAAGUUUAAAAAAUAAUUUGAUUAUGAAUGUGGUAAUUCGACUCUAAAAAUGACAUUGAAGAACUAUACACAGAAACGUAAUACUAAAGAUUGGAAUAAAACUGCCCGUUUAAAAAAAUUGUCUGUUUCGAAAAUAAAAAUUAUAUGAACUAAUUUCGGAUUGUAUCUGUAAAAAAUAUUCAGACAUCAAAAACCUAAUUUAAAAUUUGCUGUUAACAUAUUCCAAAGUUUAUUUAUUUAUAAGUAGUCUAGUUUAAUAUUAGUACAGCUUUUAUCACCAAAAAGUGUCUUCUCACUUUUUUUUUAAAUUCAGUAUAGUGAAGAUCUUCACAAGAAAUAAACUAAUUCAAAUGGUUUUGCAGAGCACACGUCAUUAUAAUAAGGGUUGAACAAUUGUAUCGUAAGUUCCAAAAUCGUUUUUAAAACGAUGGGCACAGCAAAACUAUUCAAUUUGGAAAAUUUAUAAAAAAAUUUCGUGAGAUAGAUCAACCCCACUCAUUUCCUGAGGUAGAUCUAUCAGCUCAAAUUCUAGUCGAAUCCAAAAUAAUUGCUAGCGAAAAUUUAUAAAAUUAAAAUAAAAAUGUGAUUGGUAGUAGGUAUAUCUAUGAAGACUGAAAAAGACUUUAGAAGUAUGUACGAGAAAAAAAUUCUAUUUGAUUCAAUUUUUAGUGCAUUUUUGAAUGUCUUCAAUUUUAAAAUAUGCCAUUGUCACGAUUAUUUUUCUUUAAUAUUGGGACCAAAAGUACCAAUUCAUAUCCGAAAUAUCAAAAACAAAUAUCAUAAAAGUUGACUACUUACAAAUUUUUAAUUUUUGUUUUGGUGGAUAUAGCAUUUUAGAGUAUUGAAUAUCCAUUGACCAUUUAUUCCAUAUUUUGACAAUAUUAUGUUAAUUAUGUUUAAGAAUCCAUUUUCGUGUUAAUUUGCGUAAAAACAGUUGUCUUGCUUGAAUUUUGGUCAAAUCAUAAGGUCAAAUAUUCAGCUUUGGAAUUAACAUUAAAAAUUGUACAAAUUAAAUUGAAUUAAAUUUGACUACAAUUCAGUUCGAUGUAAGGCCACAUAAUGUCAAUUCCAAACAAUACCGAAUUAUCGAAACAUUAAGAUGUAUUAUUUGAUUGAAAAGCUUAAGCCAGUCUUAUAUCAAGGCUACAAUUGGCAAUAAGUAGCAUGCAACAGUCUUUAGGAAAGACGUCAGUCGCACAAAUCAGUUCAUUCCCCAUAAAUGUAAAAAACGACAGUAGUUUUCUCUCGAGGUAUAUCCAAUAGAAAAGAUAAACAAUCUUUAUAACACUCAAUGACGUUGCGUCUAAGAUUCUUAUUUUUUUUGUAAUCUCUGAUCUCAGAAAUUUGUUAUUUAUAUCUAAUCUUCUGUAAAGUUUGGACAUUCCAUAGCUAUUUCAAAAAUAUUCAAAAGUAAACUGCAAUUUUCGUCGUUUUAACUCAGCGAGAAAGAAAAAAUGUGAAAUACAACACUGGUUUUCUCUCGAGGUAGAUAAACAUCCAAUAGAAAAGAUAAACAAUCUUUAUAACACCAUCUAAAGUUUUUCUUUGGAGAUUGUCUUCUAGUAGUGCUUUAUGUUCUCAAUAACGUUGCGUGCGAAGAUUCUUAUUUUUUUUGGAUUCUCUGAUUUCAGAAAAUCGUUAUUUCGAUAAUCUUCUGUAAACAUAACAGUUUGGCCAUUACAUAACUGCAUCAAAAGUAUUCAAAAGUAAACGGGAGAACGUUUAAGAUCACACGAAUAGUUGCCCAAAUUCUAUUUCAAUUUGACAUCAGCAGCAACCGGCUGAAUUCUGUAGCAAGAUCGUAUACGUCAGUGGCAAUAUUUGGCAACAUAUUGCCCUCGUAUAAGGCCGGCUUUAGAAAUUUUUAUAUUGUUUAUUCAACAAAACCAUUUUUUUGCUAUCUUCCGAAACAUAAUUAUAUAAUAUAAAUAAAAAAGUUUAAAGAAUAGAAUGAAUUUGUACAAUUUUUAAUUAUGGAAGAAAAUAAUUUGCCCUUCAUGAAUUGAAGAAAAAAAACUAGUGUUUUACGCAAACCGUUCAACAUUAUUGUGAGUAUAAUUGCCUUUUUAGCGUCAAAUAUAAUAUUAUAUCAAACUUGUUGUAUUUUAAAUGUAAUAGAAAAAUUUUGGACCGUUUUAUAUGUGUAUACACGUAUCCGAUAAUAAAAUUCAAAGAGAAUUAUGUAAAGUCCAAAAGUUUUCUCAAAAUGCAACAUAUUUACUGUUCGUAAAAUAUCUGUGACUUGUAAAUCAUGUUUUAUUAUUAAAGUUAGAUGUUUGAACUAUUGCUUUGUGGGAAAUUGUUAUUUUCAGAAAAUAUUUUAAAACCACAAAAAAUACAAAAAAAACGAUACACAUUGUAUAUUUAUAAUGUAAUUCUAAAGUAUACCAGUAUUUAUUAUACUGUGAACUACAUGAAAA